AUGAAGUUCGCAUUUAAAAUCGGGUGGAAAAUCGGUAACGUAGCCGCGGAUGCGCGCUUACGUGUACAACAACAACAAGAUGCACGCAAGAAUCGACGAUUGUGGCGGCGUCAAUGCGAGCGCGGUAUACGUCGGCUUAGUCAAAAUGGGUGUAAUGCUGCCGCGACAUAUGGACCGCAGAAACCGAACCACAAAUCUACCCUAAUUAGACGUACCUGCACGGAGUUUGCUGCUCAAAGGGAACUGAUGCAACUGCAAAUAGACAAACCACCAAAAGUUUUGGCCAAGUCGGUGAAGGAAGAUUUUCAACACGAUGGCAGCUUUCAUCAGGCUGUCGGUAAAGUGCUGCUCUUCGCCGAGUUCUUCGCCAUAAUGCCGGUCAAGGGAGUCACUGCGGCCCACCCACGGCAGUUGUCGUUUUCAUGGACAAAUAUCCGGACCUUAUAUUGUUUGUUGUUCAUAACAACGACAACAAUUGAUUUGGGAUUGGCAAUGAACAAAGUGCUUCACAAACCAAUCAACUUCGACAGUGUUGAGCCGAUGAUAUUUCGUCUGUCCAUUAUUGUGGUUUGCAUCAGUGCCAUCGUAUUGGCGCGCAAAUGGCCGGCAUUGAUGCUGGAUUGGUACGAAAUCGAGUGCGACUUGCCGGAGUAUUUAACGCAAAUGGAGAAAGGACGUCUGGCGUACAGGAUUAAAAUGGUGACAGUUGUGGCCAUGACGUUGUCACUCGCCGAACACUUGCUGAAUAUCUUAUCCAACAUACACUAUUCCAAUUAUUGUCCGCAGACCGAGGACCCAAUUGAAAACUAUUUUAUUCUGACCAAUCAGCAUUUAUUUAUGAUUUUCUCCUACUCCGUACCGCUGGCUAUUUGGGGCAAAGUGCAGAACAUACUCUGCACCUUCAUCUGGAAUUAUAUGGAUGUUUUCGUGAUGAUUGUUAGCAUCGGUUUGGCAGCGAAAUUUAGACAGCUCAACGAUAACUUAUUCAAGUUCAAGGGCAUGCGUAUGCCUGAGAUGUACUGGUCGACGCGCCGCAAACAAUACCGGAACUUGUGCGAGCUCUGCACACGCAUUGACGGCGCCAUUUCGCUCAUCACGAUGAUAUCCUUUUCGAAUAAUUUGUAUUUCAUUUGUGUGCAACUGCUGCGUAGUCUUAACAAAAUGCCAUCGCUCGCCCAUGUCGCGUACUUUUACUUCUCGUUUUUCUUCCUUAUCGGCCGCACGUUGGCCGUCUCAUUGUAUUCGGCCAGCAUCAAUGAUGAGUCACGGAAGCCGUUGCGCGUGCUACGCUGCGUGCCGAAGGAGUCCUGGUGCACUGAGGUGAAACGUUUCUCGGAGGAUAUUAGCACCGAUUUGGUUGCAUUAAGUGGCAUAAAAUUCUUUUAUCUCACACGGAAAUUGGUGCUGAGCGUUGCUGGAACUAUAGUGACAUAUGAGCUGGUGCUUAUACAAUUCCAUCAGGAUAGCAAACUUGCAGAAUGUGUUAGCAGCAUGCGUCCAUUGUCAUCUCCAGGCAACAACAGUUUGCAUUGAACUUAAAUAAGUAGGUGGAAUGCAAUUAAUUGUUGUACAGAUCAGAUAUAAUAUGA